AUGUCUCAAUUCCAUCGGCUACCGAUCGUACUCGUGUUGCUAACUUUGCUUGCCGUUUUAGUAAUUCACCAACUGAAUAAAGACAUAGUGUUAGAUCAACAAACCUUACCUUUGCAGUUGGUCCAACUCGAUGAAAUCAAGAGUUAUCACGUUGUGGAAACGCCAUCAGUCAAUUACGUGGUUUUUGGAUCCAACACUCCCAAUGGUGAAAGCUAUCGUUCGUACGACUACGCUUUUAAUUUACCUUUAACCGCUUUAGCCUGGGAACGGAUUGGCUUCCAAUCAGUCGUAUUGAUCAUCGGUUCUCGUUGCGAAUGGGAAAACGAUCCAGCUUUGAGCACCAUCCUUUCACAUCUUGAAGGCCGGCAAACAACCAUCAUCUUCAUCGCCUCUCCAACAGAUCAACGGUCAAAACUCAGUCAGACGGCCAGACCUUUCGCUGUUAAUUUGCCGGGAUUUCCUGGAAAAGAUAACGACUACCUGAUUACAAGUGAUUCGGAUCUUUGGCCAUUGCGGAAAGAGCACUACAUCCCCCGUCCGAACAAGAACCUUGUUCUCGUUCACAGUCAAUGUUGCGGCUUCUUCCAAUGGAAUAACAAAUCCUAUCCCAUGUACCCGAUGAGCAACAUAGGUGCCACUGUGGCCACUUGGCGGCAAGCAAUGAACGAUAAUCAUUCGAUUGCUUACGACGCUGAUACUAUCUUGAAUUACCUGGAAGACGUAUUUGGAGAAAUGUCCAGAGGUCCAUUAAUCGUCGGCCAGCCGACGUGGUACAUGGAUCAACGGGUGACGAGCAUCCGACUGACAGAGUGGAUGGAAAAAUACGGAGACAAGUCCGUCUAUCGGGUUUCAGACGUUGGGUUUAAUCGCCUCGAUCGAAGUUAUUGGAACGUUGCCACCAUGUCGCAAGCAAAUUUCUCGUUAAAGUUUGACACGCAUUUGCCACUGAGAAUGUAUUUACCAGCCAAUUGGGACAAAAUGAGGCCUCUACUCUACUUGAUGUAUGGUAGAGACUCGUGGCAAGCCAAGUGGUGCGAUGAAUAUGCGAGAAAAUUCUUGAGUAAAGUGGGAAACUAUUUGAGUUUUGCCUACGUCGGUUAGCUAUUCACUGUAAAAUAACUAAUAAUUACAGGGUUCCUACUUUGUAAAAAUAAUGAAAUUCAAGAAUAUUCAGUUGUGACUGCUACUUUAUAAUCGGUUUGUGUUUUUCUGCCAGUCCCCGAGGAGACAUCUCUUUUUACUUAAGAAGCUCACAUGAACUGUACCACUAUCAACUACACUGUUCAAUUUUCAAGAAUCACGUGAGUCACGGUAUUGUAGUCUGCUAUAAAUUGGGAUACUAUGGCUAACAGUGUGCGUAGGUCGUUGCCAUAUUGCCAAAAAAAUUUGGAAAACUAGCAAAAUAGGGAUUUUCAAAGACUUAUCCGAAAUAUCUUCCAAUAUUCAAAGAUACCAAAGAACUCCAGACCGUACUUUAAAUUCAAAGAGUUUUCAAAGAAUUUCAAGAGUUCAUUACUGGUGGGAACCCUGAAUUACUCUGUGCUGCAUCCUAAUGUCACUGCUCUUCGUAAUACCAUGAACUACUGAAAUUGUUAUAUUUGCAAACUAAAGUUACAGUGUAUAACAAUGAUGCUUCUGGCAUUUGGAAGAAAAUACAAGUUGAGACCAAGAAA